CCUCCCCGCCCCUCACCCUGUCUCUCCUUCACACUUGCUGCCCGCCGUGCUGCCGUCGGGGCGGUGUCGGGAGACUCGGCGAUGUGCUGAGAAGGCGCAGCUCCCAUCAGGUCUCUCCGCGCUUCGCCCUUAUCCUUCUGCCCUGCCUCCCCCCGCCUCCCUACAGCGGCGGACCCGGCGUUUUGAGUGAAGAAAUUCUUCAGCCAUGGAUGUGUUCAUGAAAGGACUUAACAAGGCAAAGGAGGGAGUUGUAGCAGCGGCAGAAAAAACCAAGCAGGGAGUGGCAGAAGCAGCAGGAAAGACGAAAGAGGGAGUCCUCUAUGUGGGAUCCAGGACCAAGGAAGGAGUUGUUCAUGGUGUCACAACAGUGGCUGAGAAGACCAAAGAGCAGGUAUCCAAUGUUGGGGGAGCUGUGGUGACAGGAGUGACAGCAGUGGCCCAGAAGACAGUGGAAGGAGCAGGGAAUAUUGCUGCAGCCACUGGCUUGGUGAAGAAGGAUCAGCUGGCUAAACAGGUUGGUUUGUUUAUGCUUUUUUCCAGAUGAUGAAGUAAAUUCAGG